AGGAAGCCUCGCACGCGUUGAUCUGGCAUGUCUUUCCUUCGACUUGCCUCUACUCUGCAUCUGUAUAGCGGCGUGUCUAUUCUCAACCAUCAUAGCGGAGGGUGAAGCCAAUGAGAGUAAAACAGACUGUCCAAACAGCCUAAACCCACUCGACAGAGACGGCAUCCACACUGGCACGCACAGCAGCUUGAGCGGUGUCAUCCUCAUCUGACUAUAAAGCGAGCCCCAUUGCCUGUUCGGGCAACACGCACCGCUCAACCAGCCGCCACCAUGCCGGGUGUGCCAAGCUAUCGCGGAUGCGAUGCAUGCAGGAAGCAGAAGAAAAAGUGCGAUAUGGCCACGCCCGCCUGCUCUCGGUGCUCGCGCUUGAAAAUCGCCUGUGUGGGCUGUGGCCAGCUGCGAUACAAGUUCAAGGACCAGACGGAUCUGCAGGUGGUGCGAUCGUCUAAGAAAGCCCGAAGCAGAGCAUCCCCCCAGUUUGAGACCGAGAGUGACAGUCCAGGGUCCAUCAUCAGCAUUGCGUCCAGCAGAGACUCUGCUCGAUCGGGUGCUUUUAUUUCUCUGUUGGACAUCACCGAUCCCAGCUACGAUCUUCGCUGCUACGGUCCGUGGUUUAAAGAUCUGCCCCGGCGUCUGGGCACCAAUGAAGCUCUGGAUGCGGCGGUAGAGGCCAUGGUAGGAUUCUACCCUCACCUGCGAAGGCAUGAGCAGUCAUCUUUGUCUCGGGGCUCGCUGGUCAAGUAUGUAAAUGCGUUGCAAGCGCUGAGAACCUGCUUGAAUGAUCCCCAGAAAGCAAGUAAAGCGGAGACGCUGUGCGCCGUAUAUAUCCUGUUGAUUUGCCAAGGAUGGACAGGAAAAGACAAUGAUCAAAAGGUGAGCCAUGGGGAAGGGCUUGCAUUCUUGCUUACCGCGGCAGAGUCUGGUCAAUCUUCAGACCAGUUCCAUGAAACUAUACGUGACACCCUCUAUGUGCCAGUUAUUCUAGAAGCCAUAUUCAACCCCAGAAUACGGCUUGGCUCUUGGUUUUUGCGGUUCAAGGAUCGCGCCUUUGGUCCACCAGCCCCCAUUACUCAUGGCGCACAAAAAAUGAUGAGCCUGGAGUUAAAGAGCCUCGCUCGAAUUCCAGAUCUAAUACGUGAACCUGCCAAAUACAUUGAAGAUAUUUCAAACUCAUAUCAGCGAAUGCGCAUCGAAAUCCCGCUGCUUAAAGCCGCUCUGCACCUGGCCGAUGCUCUUGCCUCCAAAUCGCCGACGAGCGGAUUUAUAAAGACUCGUAUCCAGUAUCAGGUGUCCUUUGGCCUCUUAGUGGGGUGUGCUCUGAUUUUCAACGGAUAUCUGCGAGCCUUUGGAGCUGAUGAUGGGAACAUGGUUGAAGAAGCGGACAACAUGGCCAACGAUGCCAUUAAACUGGCUCACGAUGCCUCUCAGUAUCGGCCUCUAGGCGCCAGCUUCGUACCCCUGUGCCUCAUUCCAGCCUGGACGGCCACGGACGACAUUGAGAUUCAGCAAAGAGUGGUUGAAGCACUGAUGGUCUACCAAGACGACUUUUCGCCCGCCACAAGCAGGGGCUGGUACAUCAUGGCAUAUUGGCUGAGAGGUGAGAUGGAUCGCAUUAGAAGCGGAUUGGGGCCAUCGCCGGUAGAGGAUUACAGCGAACGGCAGUGGGGGACAAUAAUGCUUGAUGAGAAGGGCAAUAUGAUGUGCGGUGAUGAUGUAAGCGAUUGGUUUUAUUCCUCGGAUUGAUUGAUUCAAGCGAUAUAUGAUGUUGCAUAUACUGGUUUAUGUCCUCUUGUAUUACAGAUAAAAGGAUAGACAUUUGGUACACUAAAGAUACAGACUAACGAAUAACUACACGAA